AUGGCGGAGGGGCCGCCGUACGGCGGGGGGCAGCUGGCGGGGGGCGCGGCGGGGGGCGAGCUGCCCUUCCCCGUGCCCCUCCGCCACGGCCCCGACGCGCUGCUGGCGGCCGGGCAGGGCAAGCGGCCCCCCAAGCUGGGGCAGAUCGGGCGCAGCAAGAGAGUGGUUAUCGAAGACGAUAGGAUCGACGACGUGCUGCAGAACCUCUCCGAAAAGGCCCCCCCCGGCGUGUAAUGCCCCCUCGGGAGGGAUUUCUGCUCUCUGAGGUUAUCAGCCAAAAUCCCAGCACCGCCGGCGCGAGGACGAGCGGUGCAGAAACCCCCAACCCGAUGCGAAAUUACACCUAAAAAUAAUAACAAUAACAAAAACCAAGAACAAAAAAUCAUCGUCAUCAUCACCCCUCCCCUGCUCCCAAAUGCUCCCGAUGGAGUUCUGUCGUGGGGCUGCCCCAUGGGGGUCCCAACCCCCGCCGAAGCUGCGUUCAGGCGGUGGAACCCAAGCAGAGGUUCCCUUCCCGGCGCUCCGUUCGUUUGGGUUUUUAAUUUGAUGUCUUUGGAUGUUGGCGAAUGCUAUAAACCUAUAGAUAUCUCCGUUUCAUUUCGGUCGCGUUUUGAGGUUGGCGGGGGGAAAGAAACUUUUAUAAAGGGAUGGGUUUUUUGGGAUGGGGUGUGGGGGGGUGGGGGGAAUGGGGUUUUUAUUGACGGCGCUUGCACAUGGGAGCGAUGGGAGGAUGUCUAUGGGGUCGCAGCUUUCCUUACAGCCAUGCAGUGUGGUGUGGGUGACCUUCGUUUGGUUCAUUUUUCUUCUCUCGUGGCAUUUCCCUCUCUCUCAUAGACCGUCUGUAAGGAAACGGAUCAACGCCGACGAGAACUGCUGUAACCCGGAGUGCCAAAACGCAGGGCUCCGUCGGGCUCUUGUGGGGUUUUUCUUUUCUCUUCUUU